AUGUGCUACACCCUGGUAGACUGCGUGGAUUGGUUUUUACCGAGCUCCCAUUCCCAACAUGCCAGCUUUGUCGUCUCUCACCCGAAGCCCGAGAUAGCCGAGAUUCUGCGCAUUUGCGCGUCUAUCCUCCGCAACAUCAAGUCCCUUACCCCCCUCCUGGACCGCGUCCUGGUCCAGCGCAUCAAGCCCGAGGCCAAGACCGCUUCCGGUAUCUUCCUCCCCGAGGCUGCCGUCAAGGAGCAGAACGAGGCCCAGGUCCUCGCUGUUGGCCCCGGUCUUUUCGACAAGGAUGGCAAGCGUCUCCCCAUGGGUGUCGCCGCCGGUGACAAGGUCCUCAUCCCCCAGUUCGGUGGUAACGCCAUCAAGGUCGGUGAGGAGGAGUACACUCUCUUCCGCGAUCAUGACAUCCUGGCCAAGAUCAAGGAGUAA